GUGCCCUUGGCUCGAGGGAGGAGCCCGAAUUCGUGACCGCUCGCGCUGGCGAGAGCGUGAUCCUGGGAUGCGACGUGAUCCACCCGCUCACGGGGCAGCCGCCUCCCUAUGUGGUGGAGUGGUUCAAGUUCGGCGUCCCCAUCCCCAUCUUCAUCAAGUUUGGGUUUUACCCUCCCCAUGUCGACCCGGAGUAUGCCGGCCGGGCCAGCCUGCACGACAAAGCCUCGCUGCGCAUUGACCAGGUCCGCUCCGAGGACCAGGGCUGGUACGAGUGCAAAGUGCUCAUGCUGGACCAGCAGUACGACACCUUCCACAACGGCAGCUGGGUCCACCUCACGGUCAACGGGGGAGUCCCUCGGGAGCAGGGGGAUGCAUCCUGCUCCUUGGGAAGCGCUGAUGGUGCCUGGCGGGAGCAGUUUGGAGCCUGCCACCCGCCCGUCACUUCUGGAGACGAAUACGUUGCGAGGGUGAGCGACGGGAGCCUGACCGUGCUCUCCAUCACCCGUGAGGACAGGGGUGCCUAUACCUGCCGGGCCUACAGCAUCCAGGGGGAGGCCGUGCACACCACGCGCCUGCUUGUUCAAGGACCUCCCUUCAUCGUUUCCCCUCCGGAGAACAUCACGGUCAACAUCUCCCAGGAUGCGCUCUUCACCUGCCAGGCCGAGGCGUACCCUGGGAACCUCACCUACCUGUGGUACUGGGAGGAGGAGAACGUCUACUUCAAGAACGACCUGAAGUUGAGAGUGCGGAUCCUGAUCGACGGGACGCUGAUCAUCUUCCGCGUCAAGCCGGAGGAUGCUGGAAAAUACACCUGUAUCCCCAGUAACAGCCUGGGCCGCUCGCCAUCGGCCUCUGCCUACCUGACAGUGCAGUAUCCUGCCCGCGUGGUGAACAUGCCCCCUGUCAUCUACGUUCCCAUCGGGAUCCACGGCUACAUCCGCUGCCCGGUGGAGGCAGAGCCCCCGGUCACGCUGGUCAAGUGGAACAAAGACGGACGUCCCCUGCGAAUCGAGAAGUAUUCGGGCUGGAACCUGCUGGAAGACGGGUCGAUCCGGAUAGAGGAGGCAACCGAAGAUGCUCUCGGCACUUACACCUGUGUGCCUUAUAAUGCCCUGGGUACGAUGGGCCAGUCUCCCCCUGCCCGACUGGUACUGAAGGACCCCCCCUAUUUCACGGUGCUACCAGGCUGGGAGUACAGACAGGAGGCAGGGAGGGAGCUGUUGAUUCCUUGCGCGGCUGCCGGAGACCCCUUUCCCAUCAUCGCCUGGAGAAAGGUAGGGAAGCCCAGCAGGAGCAAGCACAACACGCUGCCCGGCGGCACCCUGCAGAUCCGCUCCCUCGGCAAGGACGACCACGGCGAGUGGGAGUGCGUCGCCACCAACGUCGUCGCGAGCAUUACUGCCAGCACCCACCUCACCGUCGUAGGCACAAGCCCACACGCCCCGACCGGCGUGCACGUUGCGGUCGCCAUGACCUCGGCCAACGUCUCCUGGGAGCCCGGCUACGACGGUGGAUACGAGCAGACUUUCUCAGUUUGGUACGGCCCUCUGAUGAAGAGAGCCCAGUUUGGCCCUCACGACUGGCUAUCUCUCCCCGUGCCAGCUGGUUCCAGUUGGCUACUGGUGGAUACCUUGGAACCGGAGACGGCUUACCAGUUCAGUGUCUUGGCUCAAAACAAGCUGGGUACCAGCUCCUUCAGUGAGGUGGUCACUGUGAACACUCUAGCAUUCCCUGUAACAACUCCAGAGCCUCUGGUGUUGGUUACCCCACCGAGGUGCCUAACAGCCAACCGGACACAGCAAGGCGUCCUCUUGUCGUGGCUUCCUCCCGCCAACCACAGCUUCCCCAUCGACCGCUACAUCAUGGAGUUCCGCGUUGCCGAGAGGUGGGAGAUCUUGGAUGAUGGCAUCCCGGGCUCCGAGAAUGAGUUUUUUGCCAAGGACCUGUCCCAGGACACCUGGUACGAGUUCCGGGUCCUGGCGGUCAUGCAGGAUCUCAUCAGCGAACCCAGCAACGUUGCCGGCGUUUCCAGUACAGACGUAUUCCCUCCGCCUGACGUGACGGACGAGGGUCUAGCCCGCCCGGUGCUGGCUGGCAUCGUUGCCACCAUCUGCUUCCUGGCUGCUGCCAUCCUCUUCAGCACACUCGCCGCCUGCUUCGUCAACAAGCAACGCAAACGCAAGCUCAAGCGCAAGAAAGACCCUCCUCUCUCGAUAACCCACUGCAGGAAGAGUUUGGAGUCCCCGUUGUCUUCCGGCAAGGUGAGUCCCGAGAGCAUCCGCACGCUCCGUCCCCCCUCAGAGUCCUCUGACGACCAAGGCCCGCAGGCCAAGCGGAUGCUGAGCCCCACCAAGGAGAAGGAACUCUCCCUUUACAAGAAGACCAACCCCAUCGAGCUCAUCAGCCGCGGGCCGGACGGGCGCUUCGUCAUGGACCCGGCCGAGAUAGAGCCCUCCUUGAAGACACGGCGGAUCGAGGGCUUCCCCUUCGUGGAGGAGACGGACAUGUACCCCGAGUUCAGGCAGUCAGACGAGGAGAACGACGCCCCCGUCGUCCCUGCCUCCGUCACAGCCCUGAAAGCCCAGCUCACCCCUCUGUCCUCCAGCCAGGAGUCCUACCUUCAGCCACCAGCAUACAGCCCCCGGUUCCACCGGGCGCUGGAGGGUCCCGGCGCCCUGCAGGCCACCGGCCAG